UCAGUCCUCAGCUCCCAGUCGUCUAGUCUGAGAGAGCUGGACCUGAGUAACAACGACCUGCAGGAUUCAGGAGUGAAGAACCUGUGCGCUGGACUGGAGAGUCCACACUGUGAACUGGAAAAUCUCAGGCUCUCAGGCUGUCUGGUCACAAAGGAAGGCUGUGCUUCUCUGGCUUCAGCUCUGAGCUCCAACCCCUCCCAUCUGAGAGAGCUGGACCUGAGCUACAAUCAUCCAGGAGACUCAGGAGUGAAUCUGCUGUCUGCUCUACUGGAUGACCCACACUGGAGACUGGACACUCUCAGGUUUGACCAUGGUGGAGAGCACAGGUUAAAACCUGAUGUGAGGAAAUAUUCCUGUGAACUCACACUGGACACCAACACAGCACACAGAGAACUCAAACUGUCUGACAACAACAGGGAGGUGACUUAUGUGAAAGGGAAGCAGCCAAGUCCAGAUCAUCCAGAGAGGUUUGAGUUCUAUCCUCAGCUGAUAUGUAGAGAAGCUCUGACCGGUCGCUGUUACUGGGAGGUUGAGUGGAAAAGGAAGGUUUAUAUAUCAGUGACUUACAGAGGGGUCAGCAGGAGAAGAGACAGUGAAACGACAAUGUUUGGAUGGAAUGAUCAGUCCUGGUCUCUCAAGUGCUCCAAUGGAGAGUUUUCUGUCAGACACAAUAACAAUAAAACAGUCCUGCCUCCCUCCUCCCCCUCCUCCUCCUCCUCCUCUCCCUCCUCCCCCUCUGGUAGAGUAGCAAUGUAUCUGGAUCAUCCUGCUGGCUCUCUCUCCUUCUACAGAGUCUCCUCCGACACACUGACCCACCUCAAAACCUUCAGAACCACAUUCACUGAACCUCUGUAUGCUGGGUUUGGGUUCUGGUCAGAUGAAUCCUCAGUGUCUCUGUGUUCUCUGUAAGAGGAGACCACUUCCUGUCCUGUUCUAAUGUCCCUUGUCUCGGGGGACAUAACAUAAGUGUAGCAAGAGAUAUCUUCCAGUCGUGUGGUUAAAAUGUUGGUAGUGACGCGGCUACACUUUGGUUACACGGAGAAGCAGCAUUUAGUUAUAAUGAUCCGUAUAUCUGCAACAGCUCCCAGUAAUCAAGUGUCUCACUCUUUUUAAUAAAUGUUUUUUCAAUGUAUUCAAAUGUGUUUUUUAAAUGUUUCUUUUGCUCUUUGUCGUAAGUAUUUUAAUGUUUUUGUAAAGCCUUUUGAAUUGCCUUGUUGAUAUGUGCUGUAUAGAUAAACUUUAUUUUACUGGCAGAAAUGUUUCUUGUCUUUCUAAAAUGGUGAAAUGAUCUCGGGGCUGAACUCUGUGUGUACAAACUGCUGUGACAUAUAUGCAGUUUAAUAAAGCUUUCUUUAGAGCAGCAUCUAAUAGCUCCUAAUACUCUCUGUAAUAAAGUUUCGUUAUUGAGUUCAAUAAAGGUUUGAAGACAAAAAAAUGAUGAUCUCAUGACUCA